UUUAUGGUAACCGUGUAUUGGUACGGGCCAUCCUCAAUUGCCCACCUCUCAAAAAUCUGACUACGAGUCCGACACAGGUUGGAAAUUCUCGUGCGGCGUGUUGGAUCGGUGCAGCAGGAGAUUAGAGGAGAAAUUAUCCUAGGGUCAUCUUAAUUUAUUGCUUUCUCCGAUAAAAAUUUGAAAAUGUUCUCUGCCCUCUACGAAUCUGUCCGGCAGUCCGGAUUCAGAACACCCUUCAGUCAGGUGCACUGCGAAUCGAGCCAGCCAAAACGUGAGAUUCAAGCAGCUGCAGCCCCAGCGGCAACCACUGAGGACUCCUGUGAAUUCGGCAGCAAUAAGUAUUUCUUGCUGUGCGGCUUUGGUGGCAUCCUGUCAUGCGGAACAACCCAUACGUUCGUCGUACCGCUGGAUUUGGUCAAGUGCCGCUUGCAAGUGGACCCGGCUAAAUACAAGAAUCUUUUCCGCGGGUUCCAGGUUACCGUCAACGAAGAAGGGUACCGCGGCUUGGCCAAGGGAUGGGCCCCCACAUUUUUCGGAUACUCUGCACAGGGUCUCUGCAAAUUCGGUCUAUAUGAAGUUUUCAAAGUCUACUACGCUAAUUUAUUAGGCGAAGAAAAUGCCUACUUGUACCGAACAUCAUUGUAUUUGGCUGCAUCAGCAUCGGCCGAAUUCUUCGCUGAUAUUGCUCUGUCACCAUUCGAAGCCGCAAAGGUAAAAAUUCAAACAGUGCCAGGAUAUGCAACUACGUUCCGGCAAGCAGCACCUAAGAUGAUGAAAGAAGAAGGCAUUUCAGCUUUCUAUAAGGGUCUUGUACCACUCUGGGCCCGUCAAAUUCCAUACACAAUGAUGAAGUUCGCAUGUUUCGAACGUACACUUGAGCUGUUGUACCGCUAUGUCGUUCCAAAACCACGUGCAGACUGCACCAAAGGCGAACAACUGGUUGUCACAUUCGCUGCUGGUUAUAUUGCUGGUGUUUUCUGUGCUAUUGUUUCACAUCCUGCUGAUGUCGUUGUAUCGAAAUUGAAUCAAGCCAAGGGAUCGUCCGCUAUUGAAGUUGCCAAGAAACUCGGCUUCUUCGGAAUGUGGAAUGGAUUGGUACCUCGUAUUAUCAUGAUUGGUACUUUGACUGCAUUGCAAUGGUUCAUCUACGAUGGAGUGAAAGUCGCUCUCCGUCUUCCACGACCACCACCACCAGAGAUGCCAGAAUCUCUUAAACAAAAGCUUGCUGCCAAGAACCAGUAAGAUAAUUCAUGAUAUUUAGGUGGUAACUUAACUAUUUGUCUGGAUAGCGCUAUAAACGGGAAACAUAUUUAGUAAGAAUAACGGAAAAAUUAAAAAAGUCUACAAGGACUAGUAUGUGAGAAAAUAUGAGAUUUAGCAUUUAUUUACAUCAAAAACACAAACAUAAUGUCAGUAUGAAACACAAGUACCGUUUGCACUGAUACAUAUCGUUUUUAAGCAAACAACAUUUUAAGAGACUCCAGAGAAUUGUUUGCUGGAACGCAUACGCUGUCGGCUCAUCAGCUAGCGUUAUUGGUACAAUAAGUAAAGUCUAUAAUUCCAUCUACAUUCAGAAACUGAAACAUUUCCAGUUUUUCGUUUUAUAGCCCCAACUUUUAUUUUAUUAUGUCAAAUUAAAUGUUUCCUGGAAUAUA